AUGUCACAGAUCAAAUCUGUUGCACUCGCCGGUGCUUCUGGUGCGUUUGGGCCUUAUGUUCUCAGGGGACUCCUCGAUGCCAAAUUUGAGGUCAAGGUGCUCGCCAGAUCCAAGAAAUCUGGACAUUUCGAGGCAGGCAUCGAUGUAGUUGAAGUAGACUUCACAUCCGUGGAAUCAUUGACUGCUGCACUUCAGGGCAUCGACGCGGUCGUAUCUACUGUGGCUGGCACUGCCAUCAAGACCCAGGGUGUGUUGAUUGACGCCGCUGCUCUUGCUGGCGUGAAGCGUUUUAUUCCUUCCGAGUACGGCUCAGUCACCACCAACCCCAAAGUCCAAACCUUUCCACUAUACGAUAACGUAUUCAUGAUCCGGAACCACCUUCAAGAGAAAGCAGAUGUUGGACAGCUGACUUGGACGGUACUCGCCUGUGGAGCCUUCCUAGAAUUCCUAUUGGCGUCGAGCUCGACCGGCUUAUUGGAUUUUGCAAAUCGCAAAGCUACCUUGCUUGACGGUGGUGACAACAGGCUCACUUCCACUUCACUCACGACUGCCGGGAAAGCGAUCGCGGAGAUUUUGAAGAACUCCGAAGCCACCAAGAACAGGGUUGUCAAGGUUUCGGAAAUCAUCUUGACGCAGAAUCAGCUGUUGCAAAUUGCACAAAAGUUGAAGCCAGAAGACAAAUGGCACACCAGCACGGUUGCCACGAGUGCGCUCUUGAAAGAGGGUCUCGACGAAUUCAGCGCUGGCGACUUUAGCUUCCCAGUUAUUUUCAAAAUCAUCGCAGGUACCGGACUUGCAGGCGAAACGUACGGCAGCGCUUAUGAUGAGACCGAUAAUGACCUACUUGGAGUUCAGGAACUGACCGAAGCAGAUUUGACAAGAGUGGUAGCUGAGAAGCUGGGAUAG